AUGUGUAUGACAACGAGAGUUUCACCAAAACGUUUGCUUCUAUGGAUUGGCUAUGAUGGAUCCAAAUUUCCUGAAAUGGCUCGAGGCGGGACGGGCUUCGGUGUAGUAGACCUCUUGAAACAAACUGUUACGAACUCUUUAGAAGAACUGAAACUAUCUACGCCUGAGGAAGUCAGCACUGUUCGUUUGUCACCUAGUAGUAGGACUGACGCUGGAGUUCACGCAAUUAGGAAUGCCGUGGUAUGCAGAAUUCCCAUGAAAGCUUCCCUUUCCCUUGAAAAUGCGCAGACAAAGGAAAAGUUUCUUGAUCACUGUAAUUCAACUAUGGAUUUAGCCGUUAAAGACGGGAUGAAAUUGUUAAAUUUCGAUCACGUUUCACCCCAUUUUUGUGUUCGCAGGCACGUGUCAUAUAGACGUUACACCUAUCGAAUAGCAGUUUGCCGUGAUUGGGAUACGUUUGAGAAGCUUCGAUAUGAUCCUUCUAUCGUUUGCUUUUCUGAAAGAAACUAUAUAUGGCUUUUACCUCCAGAAUUUGAUUUGGAGAAAGCACGAAACGUCACAAAAUGCUUUGAAGGCGUCCAUGUCAUGGGAUCGUUUUUCAAGCACACUGCACGUGAAAAAAGAAAAGAGGUGAUAUCACUUAGUGCUAUAAGAAAUAUAUUGUUAUGCAACAUCACGAAGGGAGCAGAAAUCAGUAUUCCAAACUCCCACUAUGACUAUUAUAACGUCACAGUUGUUGCGAAAUCAUUUCUGAGAGAACAAAUUCGAAGGAUGAUGUCUUGCAUAGUAUAUCAUUCAUAUAACAGAAUGCCAAUGGAGACUGUGGAAUGGCUAAUAAGAAAUCCUAUUGACACUAGUUUUUUUGAUUUAAAAAUACCCGUAGCUCCUCCCCAUGGAUUGUUUUUGACUGAUGUUGUUUAUGAUCCCACAAUGUUCGAUAAUCCUUUUCCAAAAUACGCUGAUAAUUGGGUUGAAAAUUAA